UGUAAAGGUAUAAUUGUAGUAAUGAAUGUAAUAAUGAACAUUCAUAGCCAACAAGUCAGUUCAAAAUGUUUGGAGUCUUUGACUCAAAACUGAGAAGAGAUUCCUCUCACUCAUUACUUUUCAUUGGGUGGAAGAGUGGUCAGUACUCUUGCCUAACAGCUAUAAUGUCAGUGGUUUGAUCCCCACAGUUAAAAGUCUAGAUUUUCCCUGGUCUCCUCAUGUGUUUCCAGUUUGAAAACAGUCAUCCUUUCAGGUUCUUUAUCUUACGGCCUUUCCAUUUCAUUAUGACUUCAUUCACACAUCCUUUGAAAUGAGAUGGAUUUUGUCUGUUGAAGCAAACAUGACCUUGAGUGUGUACUGUACCUGAUUAUUGUUAUACAGGUGGGAUUAUCCUCUGUUUAAAGAUAAACUGCUACAGAUAGAGAGAAAGACCUUUCAAAGAACAUUUUUAUUUGAUUUUAGCCUGUGCUGCUGUAAAAGAGCAGACCGUGAUCGUAAAGUCAUAUCUGGAGAGUUCUACGACCUGCAGGUCAGCCACCAGCUAGCCACAAAUAACAGUCAGCGCUUUAUUCACUACCUGGGAGCAUAAUAAACUUUCAUUCACUUCAGGGUUAUUGCCCUUUCGUUUUAGCUGUUGUAAGAUGAUGAUCAUCAUCUCCAGUUGUAAUUUCUCUCCGGUGACAUCACAUGCAGGUAUGGGGGGUUGUAAGGUAUAUAAACGGCAGCAGUCUUCCUCCCAGCACCUUGCAUUUCCCUCAGCUUGCCUCCGGCUUCUCUGCUCGCAAACCUCAACCCACCUACAACAGCAAAAAUGGCCUUCGCUGGACGAUGGGAAACUGAGACCCAGGAGGGAUACGACGCCUUCUGCAAAGUGCUGGGUAUCCCCGAUGACAUCAUCGAGAAGGGCCGUGACUACAAGCUGAUCACCGAGGUCACCCAGGAAGGUAACGACUUCUCCUGGACUCAGAUCUACCCCACGAACGCUAAAGUCACCAACAAGUUCACCAUCGGCAAAGAGUGCGACAUGGAGACCAUUGGAGGAAAGAAAUUCAAGGCCACCGUGAACAUGGAGGGAGGCAAGCUGACCACGUCUUUCCCCAACUACCACCACGUCUGUGAGAUCAGUGGAGGCAAACUGGUGGAGACCUCCCAGGCUGGCUCUGUUGUGUUGAAGAGAACCAGCAAGAAGCUUUAAGUGCUGACACUCUUCACCUCUUCAAUGUAAAACAGUGACCUCAGAAAUAUGACAAAUAAACUAAGAUGCAAACUUCAA